AUGAGGGCGGGCGGAUUCCCAUUGCAGAAGUGGAGCAGCAAUUAUCCGGAGGUUCUGCCCCCUACAGAUGAAAAUUCGCCUUUCACAGUUGAGAUUGAGCCUACCCUUCACAAAAUACUAGGCCUCGCUUGGAAACCUGACCAAGACACCUUCCAUUUUUCCGUCUUAGACUUUUCUACUCCUACUCUCACCGAAAGGAAGAUUGCCUCCGAAAUCGCAAGAUUAUAUGAUCCGCUAGGAUUAAUAUCACCAGUCCUGAUAAAAGCUAAGAUUAUUUUACAAGAGCUUUGGUUAGUGAAAAUAGGAUGGGAUGACCCCAUUCCUUCCGAACUACAUGAGCGUUGGGUGUUCUUCCGACAACAACUCUUAAAGCUUGAUCAAAUAUCCAUACCCAGGUGGCUUAAGCAUGUACGCUCUAGUACCGAUAUCGAACUGAAAAUUCGCCUCUCACAGUUGCUUUCUCUCUCACACGGCUUUUCGGACGCUUCCCAACAUGCAUUGGCAGCUGCGGUUUAUGUGAGAGUCCCAGUGGAAAACGGCAAGUAUUCCGUGCAGUUAGUAUGCUCUAAAACAAAGGUCGCGCCAAUUAAACGGCUAACAAUACCCCGCUUGGAACUAGCUGCAGCACUAUUGCUGGCGCGCCUGAUGACACUAACGAUAAAGGCUCUGGAACUACCCGAGACAUCUGUGUACUGUUGGUCGGACUCAGCAGUAGCUCUGACCUGUAUCAACGCCCAUCCAUCACGUUGGAAGGACUUCGUCCACAACCACGUGUGUGCCAUACAAGAGCUUCUCCCUGGCGCCUCGUGGCAUUUCGUAUCGGGAAAGGAAAAUCCAGCGGAUUGCGCCUCCAGAGGCCUCCAGCCGGACCAAUUGAUCAACCAUCAUUUGUGGUGGCGGGGCCCCUGUUGGCUAAAGGAACUAAAAUCACUUUGGCCUUCUGCAGACUGUGUGCCUGAAGUCGAAGUCGAACUGGAAGAACGACCCGGGCAAAUUUCGACUACGGUCGCCCAGACCCACUCCUACUGGAACUUGCUUGAUAGGUAUUCCUCUUUUACGAAGUUGUUGCGGGUUACAGCAACUUGUCGCAGGUUCGUAGCAAGGCUAAGAAGGUUGCCGGAAACAUCGCCAAUACAUUAUCCCUUGACGCCAGCCGAAAUAGACCAAAGUCGCAACACCUGGGUACGGCUCGUACAACAAGAAUGGUUCUCUAACGAGGUAAGACACGUUUCCAGAGGAGAGCCGUUGCCAAAAUCCAACCCCUUAGUGAGGCUUACACCCUUCUUGGACGGAGAGGGACUAUUACGAGUUGGAGGACGACUACAAAACGCCGUAAUGGAUGCAGAAACCAAACACCCCCUCAUCCUGCCUCGAAGGUCCCCCCUCACCACACUCAUAGUGGACGAUGCUCACCUCAGAGCCUUGCACGGAGGUACGCAAGUUACCUUAAACCUGAUACGAUCUAGAUACUGGAUCUUGGGCGGAAGAUCAUCAGUGCGAUCACGCAUCCUGAAAUGCGUACGCUGCGCACGUUAUCGAGGGAUUCGAGCGCAACAAUUGAUGGGACAACCACCGUCAGCUCGAGUGACACCGGCACGACCCUUCCAGAAUUCCGGGCUAGAUUACGCCGGACCCAUUGCGUUAAAAACUUGGCGAGGGCGGGCGGCUCGUACCUACAAGGGUUAUCUUGCAAUUUUUAUAUGUCUAGCAACCACCGCCAUCCACAUCGAGGUAGUAACAGACUACACUACGGCUGCCUUCAUCGCCGCCUACAAAAGGUUUACUGGCGGGAGAGGUGAGCUGCUGCUGAGCUGCGUAUUUGAUUCCUCCUCCAAGGAAUUGCGAGAACUCGCUACCCUGCUCGCCAAUGACGGAACGGAAUGGAAGUUCAACCCUCCGUCGGCACCUCACUUCGGAGGAAUAUGGGAGGCCGCAGUUAAAUCUACCAAGUUCCAUCUUCGGAGAGUCUCAGGAGAAACCGUUCUUACAUACGAGGAAAUGACGACAGGCAUUGUGCAGAUAGAAGCCGUUCUAAAUUCCAGACCAUUGUGUCCCCUUUCGGAGGACAUCAGUGACUACUCAGCCAUAACUCCAGGUCAUUUCUUAAUAGGCGAAUCUCCCGCUAUCAUCCCGGAACCGAAUUUGGCCGCUGAGCCGACUUCACGGCCGUCGCGUUGGCAACUUCUUAGACAAAAACUGGAUCAAUUCUGGACCCGGUGGUCCACAGAGUGCCUACAGCGAUACCAAGCCAUAUCUAAGUGGCAACACCCUUCUCAUGAAGUUAAGGAAGGAUCUUUAGUGCUGAUGAUUGACGAACGCUAUCUUCCCGGAAAAUGGCCUCUUGCGAGAGUCACAAAAUUGCACCCGGGGGUUGACGGACUAAUCAGAGUCGUUUCUUUGCAGACUGCCUCCUCCACAUACAAACGACCAAUAGCCAAAGUCUGUCUUCUGCCAGUUGAACGAGAAGGAGGGUAUUCGACGAACUAA